GAAAAUGUUUAUGACGAACCAGGAAGAGGAGCAACGGAUCUUUUCCGGUUUACGAUCAUAGGAGAAUAAACAUGACUCGACACGGGAAGAACUGCACCGCAGGAGCCGUUUACACUUAUCACGAGAAGAGGAAAGACACUGCGGCUUCGGGUUAUGGGACACAGAGUGUGCGUUUGGGGAAGGAUGCAAUCAAAGAUUUUGACUGCUGCUCUCUGUCCUUGCAGCCCUGCAGAGACCCUGUCCUAACGGAAGAUGGAUACUUGUAUGAAAAAGAGGCCAUUCUGCAAUACAUCCUUCAUCAGAAAACAGAAAUUGCCAAGAAAAUGAAGGCAUAUGAGAAGCAGAAACAGGCUCUGAAGAGUGAAGGCCAGCUGGAGUCCAAAUCUGAGGAGCGAGAGAGAGCUGAGAAGUUCAAACAGAGAGAGAAUAACAUCGUCUCCAAACCAAUUAACCCCUUUACUUCAGGGAAAUCUAAAGAUGAAGGAAACCAGAAUGGCUCAACCAGCUCCUCCAGUACUGACACUUCAUCAGGAGAGUCCAGUUCCUCUUCAGCUCUGCCCAGUUUCUGGAUUCCCAGCCUCACACCAGAGGCCAAACCCACCUUACUUAAAAAACCUUCAAAGACAGUGUCGUGCCCCAUGUCAGGGCGUCCUUUGAAGAUGAGUGAUUUGAUUACAGUCCGUUUCACUCCACUGGACCCCAGUUUGGACCGAGUGGCCCUUCUCACACGUCAAGACAGAUACGUGUGUGCAGUUACCAAAGACACACUUGGAAACUCAGUGCCCUGUGCAGUUCUUAGACCCUCUGGAGUCGUAGUCACUAUGGAGUGCGUGGAGAAGCUCAUAAAGAAAGACAUGAUUGAUCCAGUAACUGGAGACAAACUGAAAGAGAGGGACAUAAUACCAAUUCAGAGGGGUGGGACUGGCUUUGCGGGCUCAGGAGUGGAUCUCAAAGCUAAAGAGGCCAGACCCGUUAUGCAAGCAUAAAUGUGAGGAUUGGACAACGCUGUGAUGCUGUAAAUAUUAUCAUUCACUCAUUCUCCUAGACUUUAUUAUAGGUCAUUUGUUGUUAUUUCUUUGGUGAGGGAUAAUUUUUGAGUAUUUUUUCCAUGCCUGUAAAGAAGUUAUGUCACAUGUACACAUUAUGUAGUUGAUUUUUGUUUGUUCAAUAAAUCAUUCAUUUUACACACUUUUAAAA